UCAUGUAUUUCUGGCCUUGUUGCUUUCCUCUUUCUGUCUGCGGUGGUGUAAAGCAGCCUUAGCUUUCAAUCCACCAUUGUGUUUCUUGGGACCACGCAACACACACUUCAAUCCCCAACUCCGCGCAUUAUCCUCUCUCCGUCCUUGCUCAUGUGUUCUUCAAGUCUCUUCGGUCACCUCUAGAAAACGCAUUUCUGUGCAAUGCAAUACACCACAUUCCGCUUCUAUACGUGAUCCGAAGUCAGUGAGGAAUCUCGUUCUUACACGCAGUGAAGAUCACGGCUCCUCGUCGAAAACUUGAGAUUCAACCAGUUGGGUCCCUUGUCUUUGAUUUCGGGGUGGUGUUUGCGAGGAUUGCAAUGGUCUGGAGUUGUGGUUUGAUUUUGAAGAAGCUUCACGCAGCUAGCAGAGCUGAGAAGGCUGUGCGCAUCUACAUCUAGGCUGAGCCCAGCAAUGAGCAUUAUGGGCAAUUCGUGCAGUGGCUAAUUUGAGACUAAAUUUGCUCUGGGAAUUUUAAAUGCCUUCCGCUUGUUUGUUGGAAAUUUCACCUAGUAGGGUUUGUGGUGCGAUGGAGGGAAAUAUCUUCUGAAUCUCGUGCUGAACGACGAAUCAUAUUCGAACUCAGUCUUUAGGAGGGCAGGUGCUGCAUUAAUCAGGGUUACGGGCACACUGAACACAUCCUCCAAGCUUCGUCAUCAAGCAUUCGGUCAGGGAUGGUGGGAGCAGGCGAUGGACCCUCAGGCGAAGGCUACCCGUCUUCAGCCUCAGCCUCGGCCUCUGACGUGCUGUCAUCCUCAUCCUUGCCCAGGUCGUUCAGCUACGGAACAGAUAAUGAGCUUGAGGCUGGGAGAUCUCCCGGUAAUUCUGUGCUCGGGAGCAGAAUGGGUUCCAGGGAGUCGCUCCUUGGCAGCCGACGAGACUCAAUGUAUGGGAGCAGAUAUGGCUUUGGGAACGCGUAUGUCCAAGUAGAUGAUCUCGGGGUCUACCUUUCAUCUGUUGCGGUCACUGUCCUGACGGGCGUCAUGGCUACCAUUGGGAUCAUUCUUUUUACACUCGUCGUCACCCUCGCUGUGAUGUUAGGCAAAUGUCAGAAGAAGCCUCUGUCAAAUGCCUGUGCGAGUUUUGCUUUCAAUACCGAGAUGAACAAUUUGCAGGGCUAUUUGCUUCCUCAGGAAUGUGAAGGUUAUGUUGCUGGAUAUGUUAACUCUGGUCAAUACCACUCUGAUUUUGCGGUGGCGAUCGAAGCUGCUAGAACGUAUUUAAACACAAUCGAGGCAGAUCAAGAUGGGAAGGACCUCAUCGUGUUGGACAUUGAUGAAACAGCCUUGUCGAAUAUGCCCUACUACGUCGAUCACCAUUAUGGAGUCGAAACAUUUAAUGGAGAAACCUGGAACGCAUGGGUGAACAAUGCGAGCGCCCCAGCAUUAGAUGCAAUGUUGUCCCUGUACACAGACUUUCGGGCUCAGAAUUGGAGUUUUGCCUUUAUCACAGGAAGAUCAAAGUCACAGUACAACAAGACUGCCCAGAACCUGUAUGAUACUGGGUAUACAGGCUGGAAAACCCUCGUCUUAAGAUUACCAGACGAGGAGAACUUAACUGCGGAUGAGUACAAGUCCAAGCACCGGAAAAGGUUGGAAGAGGAGGGCUACCGCAUCAAGAGCUGUUUGGGUGACCAGUGGAGCGACUGCUCAGGGGAGAGCGCUGGCAAGCGUACCUUCAAGUUGCCUAACCCCAUGUAUUACAUCUAUUAGUGGCCUGAUUAUUACUCUAGGCAGGAGACAAAUGUCACUACAGGUAUUGAUCGGUUAAUAUCUCAUUUUUUGCAUGCCCUUAUUAUUUUGCACACCCAUUUAAAUCGAGUUCCUUGUGGAUUUGUUCUCGAGUCUUUUAUAAGUGCAUUAGAGGUACGAGGAUUUGAUAACUUUUGCCAGCUCUUUCUGGUGACAUGUGAGCAGUCUACAGUACAUGUCCUUUCAUGACUAGACACUGCUGCUUGCUGCAAGUGUGCCAGCUUCUUGUAAGUUAGCACCAGUAGAGUUUAGAUUCCAUUGUGUUAGCAUGUAAAGAGUUUGACCGGGUAAGACGUUAUGAUAAUGAUCAAACCUCCAGCCAUGAGAGGCUUCCACGUUUGACUGGAAAGCAUUCUGUCUUGAGGUGAAUAAUGUGCUCCUUUUCUAGAACAGAAAUUUGUGAUUCCUUUGUUUUUA